AUGGCUGGGGAGAGUAUGGAAGUAGGAGUUGCCGGCUUCUCCUACGCAGACGCUCUGGCUGGUGGAUCGCGGCCCUUGACAGACCCAUCAAAUCCUGUCGUCUUUCUAGACGUUUCUGUCGGAUCGCACGCAAUGGGAAGAAUCAAAAUUGAACUCUUCAAACACCUUAUGCCCAAAUGCGCCGAGAACUUCAGGCAAUUCUGCACGGGAGAACACAAGAUGAACUCUGUUCCCGUUGGCUACAAAAAUGUCAAAUUUCACAGAGUACUUAAGGGCUUUAUGAUUCAUGGUGGAGAUUUUGUGAAAGGUGAUGGAACGGGCAGUUUGAGCAUAUACGGCAGCAGUUUCCCGUUGGAGGCGCCUCCUCCGCCCGAAGCGAUCCAGGGUUUGUCGGGCGCUGCUGCAACAGCUGCUGCAGCAAAAGCGAUUGCAGCUGGCUCUGUGCCGCACUUUCGCGCAGGCCUUUUGUGCAUGGCUAACAGCGCAGCAUCUAGCAGCAAGCAACAGCAGCACCCCCAGGACCCGAAGCAGCAGCAACAGAGAAGCGGUACAAACGGCUGUCAAUUCUUCAUCACCUGUGGUUCUUGCCUGUGGCUGGAUGGACGCAAUGAUGUCUUUGGGCAGGUUAUUGGCAGAGACUCAUAUCAGGUGCUUCGGAAAAUAGAGCACGUGUCGACGGAUGCCCAAGGCAUGCCUAAGGUGGAUAUCACUAUUACAGAGUGUGGGGAGUUGUAA